GCUGCAACGGUUAGUAUAGUUUGAAUUAAUUGAUUAAAUAUGAUUGGCAACACUUGAAGUCGUUCCUCAGUCUACACGUUAAUCUUUUACCCACGCGGUAAUCCGCUCCAUCAUAUUGCAGCAGUUGCUAUACCGUUGAAGCGAGACUUGGACGCGUGGAGAAAACAAUUAGAACGACGCCAUCACGUGACCACGCACGGGAUGGAACGUGACCCCAGUCAUGUGAUCGGGGGACUCUCCACCGUUUCCAGUCUCCCUCACGUCGAUCCCCAGCGGAACGCCCACACUGUCCCGAGUUAGGAUCUUCGGAGUUGGCGGAUGAGGAACCUGGCGCGAUGAAAGGCUAAAUCCUUAUCUGUAGCCGCGGCUAUCAGUCGAUCCACGCAAGUCUCCAGCAUGGGUCCCCGCAAUCGCCACAUUUGCUACAACUUAUGUCCGGGGAAGUUGAAUGCACCUUCGUAGCACUCCUCCACUCUAUCCACCCACUUGGAAAUCGUCCUCAGUGCAACUGCGAUUGUGAAAAUGAACCGAAGAAUUCCGCGCACCCGGACCGGUUGCCUCUGCUGCCGUCAACGGAAAAAGAAAUGCGAUGAGACGAAACCGCAAUGUCGCGCGUGCACACGCAACAAGUUAAAAUGCGCGUGGCCUCCCCAUAUAGUCCGGAUAUUUGGUCUCGAUUCUGGGCCACAGAUGCUGGAUGAUGCUCUUCCUCGCGAACGUGAUCUAACCAGGGGUUUCGGUCACCCGGAGACCGAAAAUGCACCCGCAUCCACGUCUUCGUCUGCUCGGCCCGCCAGCAUGGAUUCCAAUUCGUCCUCGGACAUCGCCGAUCGCUCUCCAGAUGAGAGGGAAAACCACAUUGCGUCAUGGUGUUCGGAGCUAAAAACGUUCUUGAGUCCGAGACGAGCGAUGUUACUACCGGAAUCACAAGUCCUACUGUCACACUAUCUGGACGUGACGGGUCCCAAGCUGGCCCCGGCACCUGAUACACCUUUCGUUUCUUGGCUGCUACCGGUCGCCUAUAGUGAUGAUCUGCUAAUGAACGGCAUUCUCGCUCUAAGUGGGGGCCAUCUCCUGUAUAAACUACCGGACAACCAUGCAAUCCAACAGGCAACCUCCCGACAUUAUUCCUUAGCGGUGCAGAGUCUUCAUCGGGUGUUGAAUGAUGAGUCGACACUGCUCGAACCUCUUGUACUCAUUCGAGUAGUAUUGGCGAUUGUAAUCCUUUUUCACUAUGAGGUGGUCUCUGGACACCUGGACGGAUCCCCUUUUACCCACCUGCGCGCCGGUCGUCAUUUGAUCCUACGCCUGCGAAACUGUCGCCACCAGCUCACGUCCAGUGCAGAGAGAAAGCUGUUUGGAUUUGUAGCCGAAGUGUAUUCUUACAUUGUCCUAUCCAACAGCAUCACACCAUUCAACAUGAAUUGCAAUCGGACUCUGAUCUAUGACUCGUUUCUGCAGUCACUGGAUGACUUACGUGAUUUGGGCGCAUUUGGUGUCAUGUUCAGUGGGUUCCACAGUCUGUUCGAACUCAUAUCAUCCAUCUCUCUCUUUGCGGGAGAGCAAGAGGCACAGCCAUCAACGGGUCCCAGUCUGCCACUCGACCGCUAUGAGACAUAUAAUCAACUGAAGAUGCGCAUCGACCAUUUGGACAUUUCCACGAUAGAACACCCCGACACCGAGGUGCUUCCCGGGCACAGCACAGCAUUGGGCGUGUUUCGAAUAGCUUUACUGGUCUUUUUGGAAACCGCCGUCUCACCAUUCUCCAAACAUGACUCCAUGCGAGUGCAUCACCUUCAGCCCUUGCUGGAUCGAGCCGUCCACGAUCUCCCCGGGAUGCUCGCAUCGAACUAUUCCUGCCUCAUGAUGUGGCCGAUUAUGGUAAUUGGAUCUUGCUUGAUGAAAAACGAGCAGCGUAAUGUGAUCACGCAUCUCUUGAUCCAUAAUCAUUACUUGAUGAGAAACACCGCCCAAGCGAGCGUUCUGCUCCAAUUGCUCUGGGAUGAUCCUGACGAAUAUGCGUUUGGGCCAUACGGCCUGGGGCUGUUGAUGAGAGGACACGGACUGCAUUAUGGUGUUAUAUAAAUAAACAAUGAACAGAGACAUGGCCAGCUACAAUUAUUUUCAAAUGCUCGGUUUACUUCAGCUGCCGCUGGUCUAAUUGGCAACGCAAGCAAAGAUCAAUUGCAAUUGCACCGAGCAUGAAUCAGUCAGGCAUUACAAUGUCGAUGGGAAGCCUGAUACGCCGAGCGUGUAUAUAGCCUCGAAGGCAGAUUGUGCUGAUAUAGCAAUUAUUGAUCGCCAAAGAUCCAGUCACGCCUAUGAUAUGAAAGAUUACGGAGGCCGGCAAAAGCUAAAACUCAAGCCGGGCAAAGAAACAUGCUCGAUCUAUUAAUCACUGGCGCGCAUAAGGCUCGAAUGACGUUACUGCCAUGUCGGGCUUUACCAUGGCAUCUUACAGACAAUCCGCAAUACGAAGAGGUCUUUGGCUGUGAGAACAAUCCUUCAGCAUCCCACGGGCCCCCACCACACGUACCCCAGAAAAACUAAAUUUCGCAGAGAAAGGGAUCAUUGAAAGUCUUGUCUAUUAAAAGCUGCCAUUCACGAUCACAGCUCCCUAGCUGGGGAGGGCAAGUUAAUGACAUACCGCCUCGGGCCUCGGAGUAUAAGGAAAGCCCAGGCCUUUUAUUUUCAUAUAAAAUUUUAUUUGACUUCGUUUCCACAAAUU